GUACUACCAUUUCAAGCCUUUCCUAUCAUCUUAAUCCCCCCCCUCCCAAAUAAAUACAAUACAUCGAUCCAUUAUUUCCAAUCCUUCGUUGCUUGCUUUUGGAACCCAAUUCGCCGGAAAGUCAAGAUGAUGCAUAUGACCUUUUACUGGAGCCGGGAGGUAACCCUCCUCUUCAGCUCCUGGAAGACCGAUUCCUGGCUCGGUUACGCCCUUACCCUCAUCGCCUGCAUCGCCGCCCCCGUCUUUUACCAGUUUGUGGAGCAUAUAAGGUACCGCCUCAGACAGGUGGGGAAGCCAACCCAGCUGGAUGUACCGCUUUUGCAGGAUCAGAAGGAGGCGUCCGCAGGAAAUAGGUGGUCGGUGGCGAAGAUCGCGGGAGGGGUGGCGUUUGGGCUCAGCUCGGGGUUGGGGUACUUGUUGAUGUUGGCCGUCAUGUCGUUCAACGGAGGUGUUUUCCUGGCCAUCAUCCUCGGACUCACUAUUGGUUACCUCGCCUUCCGGACGGAGGACGACGAAGAAACUACCGGCGGCGUUGGUAGUACUUGCGCCUGUGCUUAAAGAAAUUAAUUUCUGAAAUAAUCAAGGCUUUCUUUGAUUAAGUUGAAUUGUAAUCUAUUAAGUAGGUAUUAAUUUGUAAAUUAUGUUUGAUAUUAUUAUUAUUAUUAGGUAAAUAAAUGUCCCUUUCCAUC